UUUUCUGAGAAGAACUACCAAAAUGUCAUCCCCAGAGGACAGAAUAAUAGCUCUAAUUGAUAUGGACUGCUUUUUCUGCCAAGUGGAAUCCCGAGAUCAUCCGGAGCUGAAAGGCCAACCCCUGGUGGUCUCUCAAAAUAAUGUAGUUCUUGCAGUGAGCUACGAAGCUCGAGCCCUGGGAGUCACCAGGUUCAUCAGAUCCGAAGAAGCCAAGGAGAAGUGUCCCACGGUGAAUAUCGUGAACUCACCGAUAUCCCACGGCAAAUCAGACAACACAAAGUACAGAAUGGCUGGUCAAGAAGUGAUUCAAGUUCUGAAACAGCACUGUCCAACGAUAGAAAGAGCUAGCAUUGACGAGGCCUACCUGGACAUCACAAAACUGGUGGAUGAUCGUCUGGAGACCACUCUGUCCUCUUCAGAGGACCUGAGGACUUCUCUCUCCAACACGUUUGUCGUGGGCUACUGUGGCCCCUCGAACGACGAGAUCCAACGUUCCCAGGGUCUUCAAAGAUGGCUUGAAGAGGUAUUCGACGAUAUCAGCGAUGAUCAAGCCAGGAGAUUAGCUAUCGCUGCUGUCAUCGUCGAAGAAUUGCGAAGGGAAAUCCUCCAGAAGUGCAGCUUCACGUGCUCUGCUGGAAUCUCUUACAACAAGGUCCUAGCUAAGCUAGCUUGUGGUCUUCAUAAGCCUAAUAAACAGACCAUUCUCUCUUCUGCUGAGGUCUCAGAGCUGUUUACAGCAGUUCCCGUUAACAAGGUCAGGAAUCUUGGCGGAAAAAUUGGGAAGACUUUGAUGGAGAAUUUGAACUGCAAUGUUAUGUCUGACCUCAUGAGGUUCACACUUCAAGAUCUGUUGAAGGUCUUCGAUGAAAAAACAGCUGAUUGGUUGUUCAAUAUUGCCAGAGGAGUGGAUAACGAACCUGUUACCCCACGACUCAUCUGCAAGUCCAUAGCUGCCAGUAAGAACUUCUUCGGAAAGGCUGCGAUUACUGAUUUGGAGGGGCUGAAGGAAUGGGUUGGAGAACUGGCUGGGGAUCUAGUUGAGAGACUCGAACAGGAUUUUGAGGAUAACAACAGGAGAGCAACAACUCUGACAGUUUGCUAUCAUCAUCUUGUGGAGAAGAAGAACGUCUCGCAGUCCAAGAGCUGUCCCAUGGGGCCUUAUAACAAGGAAAGAAUUGCUGGAAUUGCUUUUGAUAUUAUUUCUAGGAACAUGCAGAUGCCCAUUGUUUUCAUUUCACUGGGGACUAGUAAGUUUGUUAGCGUGCAAAAGAGUGGGAAUUUUGUUAGUUAUUUUAAAAAAGGGGUACAUUCAGCAAAACCGAUGGAGAAUUUAGAGAUUAGGAAAGAAGGGAGUCAGGAGGAAGCGAGGGAAAUUUCGAAGAUUUCUCGGGAAGGGAAUGAGGAGAAGAGUGUUGAGGACAGGGGAAGUCUGAUAAAAUUGCAGGAAAUAUUUCCGGAUUUAAAUGACAUCGAUCAUUCUGUGCUCGCGCUACUGCCCAUGGAGUUGCAAGAUGAAGCUAAAUUGUAUAUUAAGAAUAAGGAGUCGCCUAAAGUAAAUAAUGCUAAAUCCAAAAUGAGUUCCGGUGGAGUUCGAAAUGGGGGAAAUACUAUUAAAAAUUUUGUGGUUAAGAAUUCUUCUGCUGUUGAGAAGUCCUCGAUGAUACGAUGUAGCGAGUGUGAUCAGAUGAUACAGGGGGAUAAGUUUUCCGAGCACUGCGAUUUUCAUGUUGCCCAGAAUUUACAGAAAAGUAUCAAUCGAUCAUUGGGGCGAGAGGUGUUGGGGGAUUCUUUGAAGAGAAAUAGGGAGAAGAGCUCUUCCCCAAAGAGCAAUAAAAAGACUCGUAGUAUUGAUUCAUAUUUCAGUAAAUUUAAGAAUAAUUGAUUUUAUAAAACAUG